AUGGCAGAAAGAUUGGAAGAUCUUAAUUUACCAAAUGCAGUUGUUACAAGAAUUAUAAAAGAGGCAUUACCAGAAGGAGUUACAAUUGCUAAAGAUGCUAGAACUGCAGUUGCAAAAGCAUCUUCAAUUUUUAUAUUAUAUUUAACAUCAUCUGCAAAUAUAAUUGCUAAAAAAGGAAAUCGUAAAACAAUAAGUGGUCAAGAUGUUAUUCAAGCAAUGAAUGAUAUAGAAUUUGAUGAAUUUGUUGAUCCACUUCAAGAAUCAUUAGAAAAUUUUCGUAAAGCUCAAAAAGAAAAGAAAGAUGCAACAUCUAAAAAAAAACAACAGAAAAAGGAUGAAGAUGAUAUAAUAGAAGAGGAAGAUGGUGGAAGAGAAGUUAUGGUUUUUUGAUAUGUAUUAAGUAUAUAAAUUAUAAUAUAUAAAAAAAAAGAUAUACACAUAUUUUACAGAAUUAUUAUAUAAAUCUAAUAAAUUUUGUCACAUUCUAUUUAUUAUUAUAAAAUAAACUAAAUAAAAUAUAUUAAUAUAAAAAA